CAAAGAGGGAAUGCACAACACAACAGUGGAUGUGAAGUCAGAGGUUCCUAUGGGCCUGGAGCCCAUCUCACCUUUAGACCUAAGGACAGACCUCAGGAUGAUGAUGCCCGUGGUGGACCCUGUCGUCCGUGAGAAGCAGCUGCAGCAGGAGCUGCUUCUCAUCCAGCAGCAGCAACAAAUCCAGAAGCAGCUCCUCAUCGCGGAGUUUCAGAAGCAGCACGAGAACUUGACGCGGCAGCACCAGGCGCAGCUUCAGGAACACAUCAAGUUGCAACAGGAACUUCUAGCCAUAAAACAACAGCAAGAACUCCUAGAAAAGGAGCAGAAACUGGAGCAGCAGAGGCAAGAACAGGAAGUAGAGAGGCACCGCAGAGAGCAGCAGCUUCCUCCUCUCAGAGGCAAAGAUAGAGGACGAGAAAGGGCAGUGGCAAGCACAGAGGUAAAGCAGAAGCUUCAAGAAUUCCUGUUGAGUAAAUCAGCAACGAAAGACACUCCAACCAAUGGAAAGAAUCAUUCCGCGAGCCGCCAUCCCAAGCUCUGGUACACGGCUGCUCACCACACCUCACUGGAUCAAAGCUCUCCACCGCUCAGUGGGACGUCUCCAUCCUACAAGUACACGUUACCAGGAGCCCAAGAGGCCAAGGACGAUUUCCCCCUGAGAAAAACCGCCUCAGAGCCCAACUUGAAGGUGCGGUCCAGGUUAAAACAGAAAGUGGCAGAGAGGAGAAGCAGCCCCUUACUCAGGCGGAAGGAUGGAAAUGUUGUCACUUCAUUCAAGAAGAGAGUGUUUGAGGUGACAGAGUCCUCGGUCAGUAGCAGCUCUCCAGGGUCCGGUCCCAGUUCACCAAACAAUGGGCCUGCCGGAAAUGUCCCCGAAAAUGAGGCUUCAGUUAUGCCUCCCACGCCUCUCCCUGAGCAGCUGGUUCCACAGCAACGCAUUCUGAUUCACGAAGAUUCCAUGAACCUGCUCAGCCUCUACACCUCGCCCUCCCUGCCCAAUAUCACUCUGGGACUUCCAGCUGUGUCGUCCCCACUCAAUGCUUCUAAUUCACUCAAGGAGAAGCAGAAGUCGGAGACACAGAUCCUCAGGCAAGGCGUCCCUUUGCCUGGCCAGUUCAGCGGUGGCAUUGCAGCCCCCUCCAGCCAUGCUCACGUAGCGAUGGAGGGGAAACCCAACAGCAGCCACCAAGCUCUCCUGCAGCACCUACUGUUGAAGGAACAAAUGCGGCAGCAGAAGCUCCUUGUGACUGGUGGAGUUCCCUUACACCCUCAGUCUCCCUUGGCAACGAAAGAAAGAAUUUCACCGGGUAUUAGAGGUACCCACAAACUGCCCCGUCACCGACCCCUGAAUCGAACCCAGUCUGCGCCUUUGCCUCAGAGCACACUGGCUCAGCUGGUCCUUCAGCAGCAACACCACCAGUUCCUGGAAAAGCAGAAGCAGUACCAGCAGCAGGUCCACAUGAACAAACUGCUCUCGAAAUCUAUUGAACAACUGAAGCAACCAGGCAGCCAUCUUGAAGAAGCGGAGGAGGAGCUUCAGGGGGACCAGGCCAUGGAAGACAGAGCGACCUCUAGCGAGCACAGCACUGGGAGCAGCCGUGCUUGUGUGGAGGACACACUGGGACAAGUUGGGGCUGUGAAGGUCAAGGAGGAGCCAGUGGACAGCGAUGAAGAUGCUCAGAUACAGGAAAUGGAAUGUGGGGAGCAGGCUGCCUAUAUGCAACAGCCUCCCUUGCUGGAGUCCUCACACACACGCGGGCUCUCGGUGCACCAGGCUCGGCUAGCUGCGGUUGGCAUCGAUGGAUCAGAGAAGCAUGGCCUCCUCUCCAGGACCCAUUCCUCCCCUGCAGCCUCCACGUUACCUCACUCAACAGCAGACUGUCCCCGCCAGCCCGCCUCUACCACUGGGAUUGCCUACGACCCUCUGAUGCUGAGACACCGGUGCAUCUGUGGCAAUGCCGCCACCCACCCUGAGCACGCUGGGCGGAUACAGAGCAUCUGGUCACGGCUGCAAGAAACCGGGCUGCUAAAUAAAUGUGAGCGAAUUCAAGGUCGAAAAGCCAGCCUGGAGGAAAUACAGCUUGUUCACUCUGAACAUCAUUCCUUGCUGUACGGCGCCAGCCCCCUGGACGGGCAGAAGCUGGACUCCCGGACACUGUUAGGUGACGACUCCCGAAAGUUCUUUUCCUCGUUGCCUUGUGGUGGACUUGGGGUGGACAGUGACACCAUUUGGAAUGAGCUUCACUCGUCCGGUGCUGCACGCAUGGCUGUUGGCUGUGUCAUUGAGCUGGCUUCCAAAGUGGCCUCAGGAGAGCUGAAGAACGGGUUUGCUGUUGUGAGGCCCCCAGGCCAUCAUGCUGAAGAGUCUGCUGCCAUGGGGUUCUGCUUUUUUAAUUCAGUUGCAAUUACCGCCAAAUACUUGAGAGACCAACUCAAUAUGAACAAGAUAUUGAUUGUAGAUCUGGACGUUCACCAUGGCAACGGUACACAGCAGGCCUUUUAUGCUGACCCCAGCGUCCUGUACAUUUCGCUCCAUCGCUAUGAUGAAGGAAACUUUUUCCCCGGCAGUGGAGCCCCGAAUGAGGUUGGAGUAGGCUUGGGAGAAGGCUUCAACAUCAACAUUGCUUGGACAGGUGGCCUUGACCCCCCCAUGGGAGAUGUUGAGUACCUCGAAGCCUUCAGGACUGUCGUGAUGCCUGUGGCCAAAGAGUUUGACCCAGACAUGGUCCUGGUGUCCGCAGGGUUUGAUGCGCUGGAAGGCCACACCCCUCCCCUAGGAGGUUACAAAGUGACAGCAAAAUGCUUUGGUCACUUGACAAAGCAGCUGAUGACAUUGGCCGAUGGGCGUGUGGCCUUGGCUCUAGAAGGAGGCCACGAUCUGACAGCCAUCUGUGACGCGUCUGAAGCCUGCAUAAACGCCCUUCUAGGAAACGAGCUCGGGCCCCUUGAGGAAGAUGUCCUCCACCAGACGCCGAACAUGAACGCUGCCGCUUCUUUACAGAGGAUCACUGAAAUCCAAAGCAAGUACUGGAAGUCGAUCAAGAUGGUGGCUGUUGCGCGGGGCCGUGCUCUGCCUGGGUCUCAGCUGCAGGAGGAGUCGGAGACCGUGUCUGCACUGGCUUCUCUGACGGUCGAUGUGGAACCGCCAUUCGCUCAGGAAGAUGGCAGAACUGCUGGUGAGCCCAUGGAAGAGGAACCAGCCCUGUGAAGUGCCAAGUCUCCCCCGAUAU